UGUUUUGCUGUUUUUUUUUGUACUGCUGCUGUAGUUAUUCCGUUCCAGACUCUAUUAUAAUUGUAAAAACACAGUAGCAGCAGCAACAACAACAACAACCACCAUCACCAACACAACAAGAAAUGUCUAACGAAAUGCAAAUAAACGAGUGCGGCUCUUGUACAUUCCAAUCAAAGGAGCUUGGCCAUGUUCGAUUCCACAUGCGCGCUCUUAUGAACAAAAAGGAGCCAGAAAAUCAUAUUCUUAAUUUAACAGUGGCUGAAGCAUUAACUCCGAGAAUGUCGGCAUACUAUUUUUCUUGGAUUGAAGAAUCCGCAAAUGCUAAACAAGAAGAAGGAACUGAAAGUGCAGGCAAAGGAGUAGAAGAGCUGUGCCUGAACAGGAAGAAGCUGAUCAAGAAACUCAAUACAGUGUUCAGAAAGAAGUUGAUGUAGUAAUGCAAAUGUGGAAAAAACAACAGGAGACUUGGCCUUAGAAUCAUUGUUAGUCGCAAUCCAUAAUAAUAAUCCUACUAACACUGGGAAUACGCAAAUCAAGAUUUAUACACCUUAUUUAAAAGUUAGUAAUAAAUUCUAUAUUUAUAAGCACCCGUUUUAAAAUCAAAAAAUUAUA